AUGCAGCCCUCAGCUGCAGGAUCGUCGGAAUUGACGCGGCACGCCUGUGAGCCAUGCCGAAAAAAGAAAAGCAAAUGUACCGGAGAGAAACCUAUCUGCUCCUUCUGUCAGCGACUAAAGGCGAAUUGCUUUUAUCUUCCUCGAAAGCCUAACGCUGCUAGAGGUCAUGCUAUCUCGAGGGGUUGGAAGCGGUCUGGUCACUCUGGUGUUGUAAGACAGACAGCACAGCCGAACGCCAGGAAAGAACUUCAACAUACAUCAUUGCAGAUAGAAGAGCGCCGUCGUUAUCUUCCGGAGCCUCCAUCUUUUCAUCCCGAAACCGAGGCUCAGACCGACUACCCCGUCACACCAAGUCAAGAUGGCAUCUCAGGAACACAAGGUUGGGAGCAACCACCGGUAGGACCUGAAAGCACAGAAUCAGCUAUAGCAGAGCCACCUCAAGAAGUACUCGAGUUCUUUGUUGACGUAUAUGAGGCAAAGCUGCAUUUUCAACCGUUACCGUUAUUACCUCUUGAAAACUUGACGGAUCAACUGCUGUCUGGGCCUCGUUUUCUUCUGUGGAGUUUUAUAUCGCUCAUUCUAACGAUAGCCGACCAUGAAUUUUACCAAGACUCGAAGGAGCUCGUUGCUCGUACAGCUGAGGAUGCUGUCAUGAGGCUCGCGUUCGAGGGUGUUCCAAAACCCACGGUCAUGCAGUCCUUGUGUCUAAUAGCGAUGAAACACAUCAGGACAUAUCAACCCGCCCGCGCAUCGAUGACUGUCGGCGCUGCCUCUCGAUUAUUUACCAUACAAAAUUCAUUCAACGGUGGUGCAAACUGUCCCUUCCAGGGAGAUGAGUGUGUAUCCCGAGCUUUUUGGAGCAUCUGCAUAUUCGAGAGUCUCUUCUCCUCUUCCGUCCCAGGUUUAUUAGAUGCUAGGCCUCCUCCCUAUCCUGACACUGAAGUACAACCCCCACCGCCUGCGCCUCCAGUCGUGCCCGAUCGUCUUCCAACUUUGGAGUCCAACCAAGAUAUUGGAAUCACCGCGUCUUGCAUCCGUAUUGUUUCAACAUGGGGUAAACUGGGGUCAUACCUGCAUCGCUUGCGACAAGCUGAGGUCGAGAAACCAUGGUUACCAUCAUCAACCCACACAAAGCUGAGUUUAGAAUUACUCGAAUUCGAAAGUCAGUAUAAUAGGAAACACCUUCUCAAUAACGUGGGCCUCGCAACAAGGACAGCUCUGGAAGUGUCACAGCAGCGUGACUACUGGAAUCCCUGGAUGACGACUCAGAUCGUCUGGCAUGCUGCUCAAGCCAUCCUAAAUCAUCCAUUCCUCCAUCUAGUUGUCCUUCGCUCGCAGGAUGAGAUCCCCCAGUCUUGUCUCUUCCUUCAGCAAAAGGUCGAGAUGGCUCUAUACCAUGCUGGCUGGCUAUUCCGCAUCAUCCGGAUGAGCACCGGUAUUAUGAGUAUAUUUGACCCAAUGAUUGGAGUUGCGGUUGCGGCCACUGCAACGGUACAGUGGCUGUUCCAGUUCUCCGUGGAUACAAGAGUAGCACGAAGAGCACAGGACGAUCUUUGUUGGUGUGACGAGUUUCUCAGCCACAUGGCACUCACAUGGCCACACUUUUCUCAUAGUCUCAUUGUCUUGCGAAAGCUACAAGACCUUGCUGAUCAUAACCGUCGUGACAUCAUAAACCAAGAUGCCACGAUCAAGUUCAAAUCAGCAUGGAUUUGGGAGCUUCUCGAUACAGGAAUUUGGAAGUCUAGCACCGACGACGUGUCAAGUCUACAUGCGGUCGCCGGUAUGAGAGAUGACUUUGACACAAGCAUGUGCCUCAAGAGUCACUUUAUCGAUCCUUUUCGAGAAGAACAGCACAUGUCUCAAGAGCAACAGUCUCUCGACUCGGGCAUAAAUCACCUUGACUCUCGUUUCAUGGGCACAGAGGGUCUCGAGCAGUUUCGCAUCGACGAACUGUCCCUCAAUUUCUUAAACUCUGCCUUCGAGAUAUAG